ACAAGGAGCAGGCACGCCGGGGGUGACAAAACAAAAGCACAAGCUUCCGUGUUGAUUGCGCGUAGGUUGUUGCUGUCGUUGAUGAUCUCCAAAUAAUAACCUGCCUUUUAAAGCCCUUUCUAGUUCACCCGCGCCUCCCUCAAUCCCUCACUCUCUCCAUUUUAGCUUUCUCUCGAACCUCUUCCUGGAUCCCACCUCGAGCCCACCACUGUUUCGCUGCACCGUCUUCAUUUUCGCUUCCUAAGGUCUCUCUUGGAAGAGGCAUAUAUAUUCAUGAAGCUUUGAGGAAAAGAUUUUACCGCACCUAUAACUCUGGCCGACAAUCUAGAUACAUCUUCGCCGGCCGGUGCAGGCGUUGGUCCUUCGUUCGCCGGUUCUCAAUUUAUCUCGCUCUGGGUCCUGCAUCUUGUGCUGCGUCUUCCCACUGAUUAUGGCUAACUUUUGAUGUUGGGUCCAAUGUGAUGUCUAAACUCUCCGCCAAUCCCUGUGUUGUGGCUAAACUAUGAAAUGAACAAGCGGAGAUGUGAGCGGCAAUAUUGAUUGAACUGAGAAGAUUUUGUGAUCAUUUUAACCUCUGCAAUGGCCAUGUGUAGAUGUUUCUCUGUUUUCACUGCGAAGAAGAAUGCGAACAAGGUGAAAGGACAAGCUUCGAAAGGGGGACUUGAAACUCUGCAUGUCAAAAUAGACCAGCCAGGAAUAUCAUCGGAGACUGAUGAGUUGAAGGCGGCAACCUUUGAUGUUACAGCAACCCGUGGGAUCCAGAAAAAUUCAAGGUGCAAUGUGAGGGUCAUGAAUCUUGACAGUCCUGUGAAGGAUGCUGAGGAAGCUUAUGAAGGGGAGGAUGAGCAUGAAGAUUCAACCUCAAUCAAGAGGGAACUGUCUGACAUGGAUCUCCAAAGCCACGCAAAUGAAACCAUUGCCAGCAAAGGAGGAUUUGAACCAAGAGAUGACGAGAUAAGUUUUCCCAUAUUAUACGAAACUCAAGUUAAUGAUCAAUUCGAAGACAAGAAUGAUAAAGAGAGUCACAAGAGUAUUGAUAUGAUCCAAAGUGGACAUGUCAGCGAUCCUGGGGUUGGCAGGGCUGUCUUCUGGGCUUCUCCAAAACUCAAGCGCUCCUGCUCUGACCUGGAAAGAAGGGAUGUGUUUAGGAAUAUGACUCGUCAAUUGCCUCAUUCUACCUCUCAGUCCUACGAAGAUUUGCAGGGAUUAUCAGAAAACCCGAUCGACUGCUUUGAAAGCCCCAAGUCAGUAAUGACUCAUUGCAGUGCCGAUAGAGUGAUGUUGAAAAAGCAUUCGUCAAGUCAAGUUCUCCCUUCCAGAAGUAGAAGACUGUGGUGGAAAUUGUUCUUGUGGAGCCACAGGAAUAUACACAGACCUUGGUUUAGCAAAUCAACACAAUUACUUCCUGCUAACGCUGGUGUCGCUGCCGCUUCAAAUAGACAAUGUGGCUAUUCUUCGGACAUCCUUGAACCAAAACAAGGUAGGGAAACAGAAAAUGAGGAAUCACCUGGAUCAUAUACGGGUGAAUCUUUUGUCAAACUCUCUAUUGAGGAACAUAGCGAUAACCAAUGGUGGGGGAGAUUUCACAUUGGAGAAUCAAGCAUGUGGCCUCAAAACCAGUGGGUUGCUUUCUCAACAGAAUCAUCACCGUUCGCAAGAGUGGACGAGUGGGUGAAAGAUCUAGAAACCCAAGAACCACUUCCAGUGGAUGGUGAUGAUGACAAUGAGAGAAGCAUUGUCUACCCAACAUCUCCUGACACCGGUAGAUCGGUAGCCAGAAGCACAGCUCGAUAUCCAAGUGCCAAUCUGUCAAAGGAGAUUUUGUAUGCUAAUAGCAUCGUCCAGUCUCUGAAUCCAACCUCAUCUGCAGCUCACAUUACGGGUAUCGGUUUGAAUGCCAUUCCUGCUAUUUCACACUUCUCUGGUCUCCGCACUGUCAAUCUGUCCAGCAAUUUCAUAGUUCACAUCACGCCAGGAUUGCUUCCAAAGGGUCUUCACACUCUCAACUUGUCAAGAAACAAGAUUAGUACCAUUGAGGGACUCAGAGAAUUAACACGUUUGCGGGUGCUUGACCUCAGUUACAAUCGCAUCUCAAGAAUUGGACAGGGGUUGUCGAACUGUACACUCAUCAAAGAGUUAUACCUUGCGGGGAACAAGAUAAGCGAUUCUGAGGGUCUUCACAGGCUGCUAAAAUUAACUGUUUUGGACCUGAGCUUCAACAAGAUCACAACAACAAAAUCGUUAGGCCAGCUUGUGGCUAACUUCAACUCACUGCAGGCUCUGAAUCUUCUAGGAAAUCCAAUUCAGAGCAAUAUUAGCGAGGAGCAGCUGAGGAAAGCAGUGUGUGGUCUUCUUCCAAAGCUAGUUUACCUGAACAAGCAAUCCAUCAAACCUCAGAGGGCACGAGAAAUACUCAUAGACAGUGUGGCCAAAGCUGCACUUGCGAACAGCAGUAGAAGCUCUCACAGAAGAGCACUCAAGAGAGGUGGGCAAGGAUCGCUUUCCUCCUCCAGAAGCAGUGCGAGUGUUGUUCAUAGAAGUAAGAACAGGUCAAGGAGCCGAACUCCCAGUAAUCAGGUGCCCGCCAAAGGAACAACUCGUUAGAAUAAAAAAUUCUUAUCUUGGUUGUUUGUAAUGUUUACUGGACUUGACCAUGAAGUGGAGCCGCAACAAUCUACCAUGUUUAAUUAAAACUUCUGGGAUUGGGUCUGUAAGUUUUUUUUUUUCCCCAGAUAGGAUACUUGCUAUCUAAGUGGGCGUUGAAAGUCUCCUUGUUGAUAAUUUGAUGUGAAGUGGCCUUUGAAGUUUGAA